AUCAGCUGUGGUUGAACUUUUCGGUGGCCCCGGAAAAAAGAACUCGAAAUCCGCGAUUCUAUCUAAUUCCCCGUGCCCACCAGGAUUACGUCCUAAUUUUUGAGCACCAGUCGAAGCACUAGGGAACCGAGGAGCAACAUGUCGAUGCUGGCGAGAACAGUUGGACGCACCUUUAUGCAGGCUGCGGCAGCUCGUAGUCUGAGCACCACGUCGGUCGCCAGGGAUGCGUACGGCGCCAACAGGACCACCUGCACAUUGAUUCCCGGCGAUGGUGUGGGUCCCGAGCUGGUCUACUCUCUCCAGGAGGUCUUCAAGGCAGCCAGUGUUCCUGUGGAUUUUGAGUGCUAUUUCCUCUCCGAAAUUAAUCCCGUGCUGAGUGCCAAGCUGGAGGAUGUGGUGGCCUCCAUCCAGAAGAACAAAGUGUGCAUUAAGGGCAUCUUGGCCACACCCGACUACAGCAAUGUGGGUGACCUGCAGACGCUCAACAUGAAGCUCCGCACCGAUCUGGACCUGUACGCCAACGUGGUCCAUGUCCGCAGUCUGCCCGGUGUUAAGACCCGCCACACCAACAUCGAUACCGUGAUCAUUCGCGAGCAGACCGAGGGCGAGUACUCGGCGCUGGAGCAUGAGUCGGUGCCCGGAAUCGUUGAGUGCUUGAAGAUUGUCACCGCCAAGAAGUCGAUGAGGAUUGCCAAGUUUGCGUUCGACUAUGCCACGAAGAACCAGCGGAAGAAGGUCACUGCCGUGCACAAGGCCAACAUUAUGAAGCUGGGCGAUGGCCUCUUCCUCCGCUGCUGCGAGGAGGUCUCCAAGCUCUAUCCACGUAUCCAGUUCGAGAAGAUGAUUGUGGACAACACAACCAUGCAGAUGGUGUCCAAUCCCAACCAGUUCGAUGUGAUGGUCACGCCCAAUCUGUAUGGCGCCAUCGUUGAUAACUUGGCCAGUGGCCUUGUUGGCGGUGCUGGUGUGGUGGCUGGUGCCUCCUACUCGUCGGAGACCGUGGUCUUUGAGCCGGGUGCACGUCAUACAUUUGCCGAGGCUGUAGGCAAGAACGUGGCCAAUCCCACUGCCAUGCUGCUGUGCGGCGUGAAGCUGCUCCGCCACAUCAACCUGCCUACCUACGGCGAGGUAAUCCAGAAUGCCAUCAACAAGGUGCUCAAUGACGGCAAAGUGCGUACCAAGGAUCUGGGCGGACAGUCGACCACGCAGGACUUCACCACCGCCGUUAUCAGGAACAUGGCCUAGGCGAUGACGCAAAACCUCAACCACCAUCGAUGGGCAACAGCAUUGGCGCUUAUAUAAUUGACAUUAGACAGUUUGUGUUGUUGCCGCAGCUACAUUUGAAUUGUUGAAAAAAUACCCCGAAA